AUGCACAUGCUGCCCGCCACCACCACCAGCAGCAGCGCAAGCGGCAACAACGACACUGCACACCAACUAGCUGUCAUUGCGCUCGAGCAGAGCAAAGCAAGCAAGGGCAAGGGGAAGCACGGGGAAGCAGACGCGCGAUGCAGCCACAAGGACGAGGAGCAGAGUGCAAGGAGCAGGAUGCAGCGAUUGGCGCGCCGUGUUUGGCGCCAGUUGCCGUUCGAAGAGAAACCGUCCACUGGAUAUGGCGGAGUCUGA